GGGAGUGUCCGUCGUCGUCUAAUACCAUCGAUAUCGAUCAAUAACGUUGAGCAGGCUCCCCUACGGAUAAUUACGGGCAGAAAAUGACUCACUCACUCUUCCCGGGUUCAAGUCACGUAAUGACUUCCCCAAAUAGACCCACCCUCCUCCUCCUCCUCCUCCUCGUCGGAAGGCAUCCGCCGCAUCGGCUGCCCCGCUUGCCUGACGAGAACUUACCUGAUAGAGGCCAGGAAUUUCGCCCUCGUCGACAGCCUCAAGUUCCGCGGCGUCACCACCAGGCACGGCGCCACGGCGGAUUGCGCCCGCGUGGAUCCUCGCGGAGCACUUUGACUUCGUCUCGGUCCCGCUAUCGCGCAGCAUCGAGUGACUCGAGAACGCGACAGCUGCCGAGACCACGCUCGCCGUACAGCUGCGGGCUGCUGUGUAGAGUGGAACGGCGGGUGGAUGCGAUCGAUGCGAUGUAUUCCAUGUGCUUCCUGUAUAUAGGGGGUCGAUGGCAGAAAAUCUAUCUAGCGACUACGUUGCCUUCGCGAAGUAGCUUUGUACUCCAAAAACAACCAUCAAGCAGGCAGAGCACGCCAGACAAAAGGUACGACCGUCGGCCACGAAUAAGCCAGCCACGUUCUGGAUUUGGGUCAAGUCAAUGGACACUCCUCGAGGCUCCCACUUACGUGACCCGUACACAUGUACCGUAGCGUGAACCCACUGCGGGUUUCAUUACCACCGCCGUACAAGGUUCAAGAAGCGUAGAAGGGUGCUGGAUCCGAACCACACGAAGG